GAAGGUGAUUUAGAGGGAAAGUGAGAAAAAAAGAAUCUAUUAAGAGGAGUUCACUGAAGAUAAAACUGAAGAAGGUGUUGUUUAUUAUUUUACAUCGAACAGUAAAAAUCAAAACUAAAUUUGGCUAAAUGCCAAAAUUGCCAGUUUUAGUGCUCGAAGCAUUUUUCGUGGUCACACCGGGUGCCAAGAUGAACACAGGUGGAAUAAUAUCGGUAGUUUAUGCGUUAUGUAAACUUGUUCGCGUAAUGCAGUUAAUUUGGCGUUGAUUUCUUUGGCUCUUCCGCAUUUCUCCAUGUGUUCCAAAGGUGUUCCAGAUGGGAGGAGAAAUGGAGUGGUGGUGUCCCGAAACAUAUGGAGCUGCCUAACUAGAACGCAUUAAAAAUUUAGCCAUUUUAAAAUAUUUAAUGUAAAAUAAUCUUUUUGAAUAUUUAGUAAUAUUUAUCUGAUCCAAUAAAAAAUAAUAAUUUUGAGUCUGUAGAAUCAUUUUGGGCAUUUUGAAGCGUUUUGAGAAUAUUUCAAUUCAGAUCUAAGUCGGUUUAUUUAAAUUACUGAAUGCUUUAGAAUUAUUUCUAGCAUCAAAUCUGUGUGCUGCAUACAUAAAAUAGUGUAUUUAAACGCAGGACACGUGUAACAUUAUUGGGCACAUAUUAUAGACGCGAUAGAUGCGUGCGCGCGCGCGCGUGUGUGUGAGUGAGUGAGUGAUUGCGAGAGAGAGAGCGCGCAUAUUACAACCCUUCAAAAUGCUGUCUAGUUAGGCAGCUCGCUAUGUUUUGAGACGGCGCCAUUAGGUCUGGUUGCCCCGCGCAUCUUUGCGCCUCACAGUCCUCUCCACAAGCUUCUGUCUGUAACCACACCGACCCAAACCUGCUGCGCGCGGCCGGACGGCAGGAAAACUCCUGCGACUCUCUCACACACUCGACUGACAGCAGGAGGAAACAUCUCUGGCGUCACUGAACACCUCCAAGAGACCCCUACAGAUAUGGUGGACACGCAGACGUUCGCCUGGCCCGUGGGAUUCGGCCUGAGCGCUCUGGAACUGGACGAACUCGACGACAGCUCGCACUCGCUGGACAUGAAGCCUUUCUCCACGCUGGACUACACCACCAUUUCCGGCAUCGAGUAUGAGCCGAGUCCGCCGCAGAACGAGAUGCCGCACAUGAUGGAUCUGACGCACAUGUACAGCUACAGGACGCAGGAGAACUACAGGACGCAGGAGAGCAUCUACAGAGCUCACGAGAGCAGCUACAUCGCCGACGACAGCGGAUACAGAGCGCACCACGCACAAAACUCGAUCAAACUCGAACCCGAGUCUCCUCCACAGUUUGCCGAGAACAGCCUGUCACUUUCCAAAGCUCACGAAGAUCCGUCCGCCUCCGUGUUGAACAUCGAGUGUCGUGUGUGCGGAGACAAGGCCUCGGGCUUCCAUUACGGCGUUCAUGCCUGCGAGGGCUGCAAGGGAUUCUUCCGCAGAACCAUUCGCUUGAAGCUGGUCUACGACCACUGCGACCUGCACUGCCGCAUCCACAAGAAGAGUCGCAACAAGUGCCAGUACUGCCGCUUUCAGAAGUGCCUGAUGGUUGGCAUGUCGCACAACGCCAUUCGUUUUGGUCGAAUGCCCCAAGCCGAGAAGGAGAAGCUCUUGGCCGAGUUCUCCACUGACGUGGACCACAUGCACCCAGAAUCGGCCGAUCUCCGAGCGCUGGCCAGGCAUCUGUACGAGUCCUAUCUGAAGUACUUCCCCCUGACCAAAGCCAAGGCCAGAGCCAUUCUGUCAGGAAAGACCAGCGACAACGCACCUUUCGUCAUCCACGACAUGAAGUCUCUGAUGGAAGGAGAGCACAUGAUCAACUGCCGGCAGAUGCCCAUGCAGGAGCACCGGAGAUCCGACGUGGGCAUCAUGCGUGAAGUGGAGCUUCGUUUCUUCCACAGCUGCCAGUCGCGUUCGGCCGAAGCCGUCAGCGAAGUCACCGAAUUUGCCAAGAGCAUCCCGGGCUUCGUCAACCUGGACUUGAACGACCAAGUGACGCUCCUGAAGUACGGCGUCAUCGAGGUGCUCAUCAUCAUGAUGGCUCCGCUCAUGAACAAAGACGGCACGCUCAUCUCCUACGGUCAGAUCUUCAUGACCCGCGAGUUCCUCAAGAGCCUGCGCAAACCCUUCUGUGAAAUGAUGGAGCCCAAGUUCGAGUUCUCCGUCAAGUUCAACAUGCUGGAGUUGGACGACAGCGACAUGGCGCUGUUCCUGGCCGUCAUCAUCCUGAGCGGAGAUCGUCCCGGACUGCUGAACGUCAAGCCCAUUGAGGAUCUACAGGAGACGGUUCUUCACUCUCUGGAGCUGCAGCUGAAGACCAACCAUCCAGACUCGCUCCAGCUCUUCGCCAAGGUCCUGCAGAAGAUGACGGACCUGCGGCAGCUGGUGACCAACCACGUCCAGCUGAUCCAGCUGAUGAAGGAGACGGAGGUGGACUGGUGCUUACACCCGCUCCUGCAGGAGAUCAUGAGGGACUUGUACUAGUCUGUGUUUGUGAUCCUGAGCUUUGGUUUACUGCUCUGAAGUUUUUGCACUGUAACAGACAGAGAGACCGGUCGUUUCUGCGUCGUGUCCACUGCGGCGGCGCUGGUGAGAGAGGGCAGUACCACUGUGAACAUGUUCU